AUGGAGUACAUGCAAUUUUCCAACGCCCUAGAAGUCCGAGGUUUUACAAAGCGCUCUCGCUCGGACACUUACCCUUUCAUUGACCCGUCUUUACAAGACCUUGAGGGAAAGUCAGUAUGCAUCACUGGUGCAUCCAGAGGCCUAGGGAAGGCGAUGGCCAUUGCAUUCGCCUCGGCAGGAUGUUCUAAAAUCGCCCUAGUAGCGCGCGGAGCUGUCACUGAAGUUGCAGACAAAUGCAGAGAAUCUGCAGACCGAGCCGGCCGAGCCGUUCCAACCAUUGUCGAACUAUCUGUUGACGUGACAUCAGAGGACAGCUUGGAUAAUGCUGCGAGGAGAAUCUCGGACGCGUUUGAUGGACGUCUGGAUAUCCUCAUCAAUAAUGCCGGUUAUAGCGAAGCUCCUAGCCGUGUUGCCGACAAAGACUCGGAUCCUGAAGAGUGGUGGAAGACAUGGGAGGUCAACAUGAAAGGAGUUUAUCUGUGCUGCCGAGGAUUCAUGCCCCUUAUCCUCGCGUCCACGUCCAAAACAAUUUGCAACCUGGCAAGUGGCGCUGCUUUUGCCAUCUCAGGAUUGGCUUCAGCAUAUGGAGGCACCAAAUUCGCACUAUGUCGUUUCGGCGAGCACCUAGACGCCCAGUAUGGAAAGGAGGGACUUGUUAUUCACUCAGUGGAGCCAGGAGCUGUAAAAACAGACUUGGCUAGCCAGCUUCACCCUGAUUUUAGGCCAUAUCUGACAGAUACUGCUGAACUAGUUUCAAACACUCUAGUUUGGCUCACAGCCGAGAGGAGAGAAUGGUUGUCACCACGAAUCAUUUGUUCAAACUGGGAUAUGGAAGACCUGCUGGAUAAAAAAGAAACGAUUUUAGCUGGUGACUUGCUCAGGUUUAGGCUAGCUAUAUAG